GAAUAUGUGUCUUCCCCAUUUCUCAUGAAAGACCAGUUGAAGUUCGAUUUUCGAGUGUACGCGGUCAUCAAAAGUAUAAAUCCACUAUCAAUAUAUGUCUCCAGAGAGGGAAUGGCGCGUUUCUGCACAGAAAAGUAUAAGAAACCGACGCUGUCGAACUUUGGGAAUUUGUAUGCACAUUUAACAAAUUAUUCACUGAACAAAGUUAAUGAUGCCUACGUUCAUUCUAACACUCUUCAUGAUCAAGUGACUGGCUCAAAACGUCUCUUAUCGACAGUGUUUUCUCAAAUGGCAGCCUGUGGCAUUCGACCAAAAAAGUUGUGGCACGAUGUGAAACUAAUUGUUGUAAAGACAGUUCUCGCCAUGUUGCCGGAACUCAUGAUACAGUAUGAGAGGACAUUUAAUGGAAAGGAAGGGCCCCAGUGCUUUCAGGUUCAUUUGUAUUCUCACCUAUUGCUCUUCCUAAGCAAACUAAAGAUGUUGUAUUACUAUAAGAUUACUUAUUUGUUGGAAGUAAAUGCCUGUCCUUCACUGACGAUUGACCAUGGUGGUUCUAGCGAUGGCACUCGACAAAGAAGCGUAGUCGACGAA